AGCGGAGCCGACGGAAGCAGUGACAUGUCUUCCACGUGGUGUCCCCUGAUUAGUCUGUCGACAUCAGCUACCACCCCCUCACGGCCCAAUUUAUAUUUUGUGAAUUUUCAUAUGGGAUCAAGUGCAAUGUCCCGCGUGCUAUAAACUUUGUACAUGCACCGCUUAUAUAAAGGAAGAUUGAGGCUCCAAAUUCUUCGUUUCAGAACUCAGACAACCUUUUCAAUUUGGAAAGUUAGAGAAAAUCAGAGAGAGUUUAAAGAGAAAAGGCUAAUGAACGGUGGUGAUCAACAGUUGAAUUUACCGGCGGGGGUUCGGUUCCAUCCGACGGAUGAGGAGCUCGUGGUGCACUACCUCUGCCGUAAAUGUGCCGGGCAGCCAAUCGCCGUCCCAAUUAUAGCUGACCUCGAUCUUUAUAAAUUUGACCCUUGGGAUCUUCCUGGUAUGGCUUUGUAUGGCGAAAAAGAGUGGUACUUCUUUUCUCCAAGAGACAGGAAGUAUCCCAAUGGUUCACGGCCGAACCGGGCAGCUCGGACGGGGUACUGGAAGGCCACCGGAGCUGAUAAGCCAGUCGGGAAGCCAAAGCCACUGUGCAUAAAGAAGGCUUUGGUGUUCUAUGCAGGAAAAGCUCCCAGAGGACUCAAAACCAACUGGAUUAUGCAUGAAUAUCGCCUAGCCAAUGUUGAUAGAUCUGCCGGGAAGAAAAACAAUUCUAGGCUUGAUGAUUGGGUGUUGUGCCGACUAUACAACAAGAAAGGUACUCUUGAAAAGCAUUGCAUUAAUGUUGAUCAAAAGACAUCGCAAAAUUCCUAUAGUAAAGAACAGAAGCCGAAACUGGAUGGUUUCGUAUAUAAUAGGACGGUAACACAAGGGCAGCCGGCCCUAGCACCGCGAUUAGUCAAGGAUGCCCACUUGCAUUCUGAAGCGUCCGAUUCAGUCCCUAAGUUACAUACCAACUCGAGUAGCUCUGAGCAUGCGUUAUCUCUCGAGUUCAUGGGUGAUAAGAAGGUCCAAAGUGAACCGACGUGGAACGAUUAUCGGCUUAAUUACAAGGAUGGGUUCCAAUAUGAUCCUUUCGUGUCUCAAAUGCAGUACGAUGAUCAAUAUUCUUUGUUCGACAACGCGUUCAUGUACAUGCAGAAGCCCUUUUGAUCAGGGGAACAUUUCACCAGUUGUAGAAUGUAAUACUGUACAUUCAUUAGUUAGAUAAAAUGUUUGCUUAAGUAGAUUGUACAGAACAAUUUUAAGAAUUAUAUUGCUUAGUUUUGUCCA